AUGCUACAGGUAUAUGAUUCUGCCGGUUGGUCUCCAAUUGCGCAGACACGGCGGGGUUGUUUGACCCGACGGUGUGACCUUCACAUUCACUCUGACCUUUUCGAAGAAACAACCGAAUUAUUUGUUGUUGCGAACACCCCUGUGCAAAGACUCCUUCCAAACAAAUUUCCGAUCUUGAGAUGGAGCUUCUGGCCUCCAGAUUUGGUAUCAGGGGUUCGUCCGUUGGUCAAGACUCAAGAGGUCCCAGGUCCCCAGCCCCCAGCUCUCCCGGGUCAUAAAGUUAUUGGAAAUUUGGGACCAUCACCACGCACAUUUCUGCUAGAUCCCUUCCCUCAGCGGUACGCUGAAUGGCUGCCUUCGGAAUCAGAUACUUUGGAUCUUGCCCUUGAAGCUUUUUCGCUUGCUGGUGACAAUAAUUCUCCUUCACUGACCCCGGGGUAUGAAAUGAAAUGUCUUGGCUUCGAACAGCAACUCGUUCGCGCAUCCGAAGUCAUCUCCCUGAUAACUUAUGAUACAGAGCCGCAUCCAUCUCUCCAGUGGGACUCCCGGGUAAGAGAUCCUCGCGCCUUUGAUCUCGCCAUGCCAUCGCAGCCGUCGUCGCGCACAUGCUGCGGGGGGACUGAAAAGAAACAGGUCGAUGCCUAA